CAAAACUUUUCUGAGCACACUACCGCGAGGAAAUGUAUUUAUUUUUUUUAAUAUUAUAAAUCUGUUUAUUAUUUAUAAUUAAUGCAAUUUAAUGUUCAACUUGUGUAUAGAGUUUUAAGCAUAGUUUGUUUCCUAUUCUGGAAUCUGAGGAAUAAUCUGAAAGAAAGACAAGAAAAGUGAAACGCAUUCAUCCAACCACACUCACACAAACUUAUCAUAGAUACACAGAUUUAGGAAAAGAAAGGUAUAUUUAUCUCUUCAACACCACUUACUACCGCUUCUCUCUUUUAUAAGUUUGUAAAUGAAACUAGUUAAUUUUUGCAUUCGAGUAUUAUUUACCUAAUAGGUAUAUUCUUUUAAAGAAAAAUACCAGUUAGAUUAUUUAUUUUAUUUAUAGAAAUUUUACUUCUUUAUUCAUCUUGUUUUAUCUUGUCUAAUGACGUCAUGGGCGGGGGUGAUUGUAAGAUUUUGGACCAAAAGUGAGGAACUCUUUGGAAAUUAUCAACAACAAUAACAGAAGCAACUCCGAAGUUGUUUGUUUCAAAGGCCUAAUAGGAAGUAACGUUGUCGAGCUGUUAUGAAGAAAACAAAAGAAAUGUCACUGCUGAAAGAUUUAGAGAAAGUAUUGAAGACUAUGGGUAAAAAGUACCCUGGUAACUUUGUACUUGGAAAUGCAAAGUCUGAUGGGCUACCAGUUGUGUACUGCUCAGAGGGAUUCUUUGAGAUUACUGGCUUCCGACGAAGUCAAGUCAUUGGCAAGCGGUGUAGUUGCAGUUUCCUCUAUGGAGCCCUCACAAAAGAGGAGUCAAAGCAAAAAGUUGAAGAUGCUCUUAUCUAUCAACAGGAAACAAAAGUCAAUAUCUGCCUUUAUACCAAAUAUGGAAAUCCAUUUUGGUGUCAGGUGGAAAUCAUUCCAAUCACAAAUGAAAACCAAGAAGUAGUUCUUUUCUUAGUAUCUUUUUACCAGAACAUGCCAAAGGACCAAAAUAUAGAAUCCGAAAUCACAGAACAUGACCCUGAUAUCUUAUCAAGUCCAACUAAUGAAUCAAAUUUCCAAAAACGAAAACAGAGAGGAAGACAAGUACUCUUUAACUUAUCGAAACAGUUUAAGUCCAGUAGGAAAAAGAUGUCCCAGUUAGACAAGCUGCAAGAGGCUGUAUCUGGUCAACAGACUGUGCCAGAGUACAAAGUGGAAGUCCAAAAGAAAGGCAGGGGAAUAAUUCUUCAUUAUGGCUUUGUGAAAGUCCUCUGGGAUUGGUUAAUUAUGCUAUGUACCUUUUACAUUGCUAUUAUGGUGCCUUUCAAUGCUGCAUUUAUUGUUGGAGAAUUUGUCAGGACGACAAUUUAUGCUGAUGUUGCAGUGGAGAUCAUUUUUGGAAUUGAUAUCAUUUUGAAUUUCCGAACAACGUAUGUCAGUAAUACUGGUCAAGUGAUUUAUGAUGGAAAACUUAUUGCUUUGAACUAUAUAAAACAGUGGUUUCUCAUGGAUCUUCUGGCUGCUAUUCCUUUUGAUUUACUUUAUGCUUUUCAAGUAGAAACGGGUACCCUUAUUCCAUUGCUGAAGGUUGCCAGGUUACUGAGAUUAAUACGGUUGUUCCAGAAAAUGGACCGUUACUCACAAUAUGGAAGUGUUGUGAUAAUCCUGUUGCUGUCCAUGUUUACUUUAACAGCCCACUGGUUAGCUUGUGUUUGGUACAGCAUAGGGAAAUUUGAACUACAGAAACAUCCCACAAGCUGGAGGAUAGGCUGGCUGAAUGAAUUGGCGGAUACAUUAAACAGACCUAUUAUGAAUCGCACUCAUUUACCUGAUAUGUGGAGUUGUUACUUAACAGCUCUGUAUUUUACAUGUAGUAGUUUAACUACAGUAGGCUUUGGUAAUGUAUCAGCCAAUACAAAUGCUGAGAAGAUCUUCUCUGUUUGUGCAAUGCUUAUUGGUGCAAUGAUGUAUGCUUUGGUGUUUGGUAAUGUGACUGCUAUUGUGCAGAGAGCUUACGCGAGAAGAGCUACAUUUCACAUGAAAACUAAUGACUUAAAGGAAUUCUAUCACACUUACAAUAUUCCGAAACCUUUGAAGCAUCGAAUCCAAGACUAUUUUCAGAGUAUGUGGACAAUGAAUAAUGGAAUCAAUCUAAAUGAGCUAUUUUAUGAAUUCCCAGAUGAAAUGAAAGGGGAAAUAUCAAUGCAUCUUCAUAAAGAGAUUUUGUCUUUGCCAUUGUUUAAAUGUGCUACUCAUGGAUGUAUGAAGGCAAUAUCCUUACAAAUUAGACGUACUUUCUGUGCACCCGGUGAAUACUUGAUUCAUCGAGGUGAUGCCAUUAGCUAUCUUUACUUCAUCCUUAGUGGUUCUCUGGAGAUUCUCAAAGAUGACAAAGUGGUGGCACUAUUAGGUAAAGGUGAUCUGUUUGGUAUUGACCUCCAAUUUGAAGAUCCAGUCGCUAGUUCCAGUUGCAGUGUGAAAUCGUUGACGUACUGUGAACUUCAGUGUAUCAACCUAAUGGGAUUCAUCAGUGUCUUGUCAUUAUAUCCUUCUGUAGCAGAAAAAAUUGCUAACGCUGUCCAGCAAGAACUUACCUUCAAUCUCAAAGAUUGUGAAAUUGAUUUAGAAACAGAGAAUAAUUUUGAUAAUACAAGGCCCUCCAUAAUUGAUGGUGAUGAUAGAAAUAACUGCAACAGUUCGGCAAUAGUGCCACGUUAUCUGCUUCCUGGAUCAGGUGAUAUUGAUAAUUUUGGAAGAAACAACUUAAUUCGAAGAUGGCUACGGAAAAGGAACACAUUUCCAAAACUUCAAAAACAACAACAAAGAAGAACUUCUAUGCCAGUACCAAGAAAUAAUGCCAGCUUCUCAUCUUCCAGUACAAUUUCCAGGGAGGACAUGGAAAUUGGAAAUAAUGCACACAUAAAAGGAAAAGUAAACUUCCAAAAUGUCGUGGAAAAAAUCACAAAACGUAAGAAUAUACAGAAUACAUUAAGGAGAAAAAUACAAGAAAUGAAAAAACUUAAAACUCAAAAAGAAGACAGUCAGAAAAAUCUUGAAAACAGUUCAGUAGAAAAGUGUCAAAUGAAAGAACAGAUAAUCUGUCUAACAGAAGAAAUGAACAGAGUUCAUCAUGAGGUGCGAUCAGCUUUACAUCUCUUGUGUGAACUUACCAAUAAAUCAAUGAACAGUGUCUUGGAACAAGUAACUGUUCCUGAGGUGAAGAUUAUCAGAGAUUGCCCAAGAGACAGUAUUGAUUACAACCCAGACUCCCAAAUAAGUGAGUGUACUGAUGAUAAUCCUCAUAUUCCUAGCUCUCCACGACUCACAAUUAGUUCAAAGGCAUUGGCAGACCUGACAGAUACAGAAUUUUCAGAUAAUUUAGAAGAUUCAUCUGUAAAAAAAAAGGUGUUGCAGCUUGAGGCACCUACCCAUCUGGAAGACACACACCAUGAAAUUUCUCCACAGGUGGCACCAAGGAAGAGUAAAGAAGCUAAUAGAAAAAGCAGUGAAAGUCCACAAAUCAGCGUCAUAUUUGAGCCAAAUUCUACAAAACUAAAUUGUCCAGUUAAUUCCAAUGUUGACAUUUUAAGAAACAGAGGCCAAUCAGACAGACCUCAAAGAGCAGCAGCUGAGUCCAGCAGCACUAACCUCACAAAACCACUGCCUUUAGGAUUAACAAAUUUUCCAUUUGCAGAUGAAGACAAUGAAAAGAAAUCUAUUGUAACUGAAAUGACAAAUGUGUAGAACAUAUAUACAUAUGCAUAUAUAUAUA